AUGGCGUUGGUGUCAGACAACCAGGCCUUCAGGCUCCGCCUUAUUGCUGGCCCGCGCCUUUACCUACGUACUCGCAGAGUUAUAUUCGUGUCCCUCCUCCAGGGUGCUAGUAGCUACCUGAGUGGGUCGCCCCUCCGGACUGCCCGUUUGUGCUCCGUUAUUCACGAGCUAAACCGUCGUCCAGUCUGUCUUGUAGUCAGUCAAUCGCCGCCCAAAUUGCCACGGUAGGUAUCUGAGUCAAAAUAUGCUUUUUCGGUUGCGUUACCACGUCUAUUCGGCCGUUAUUGAUUACUCUGCCAACACGACUUGGCAGUAAAUUACGUUUUUUUGAUCAAACCGCGGCACAUACGUACUUAGGAAGAUUGAGAAAUGCCAAAGCAAUUUCAUGGUAUUCUAGAUAAAUGUACAGCGGGUCGCUGUCAACUAAGUGACGAUGAGGAGGCAGACCUCGUGGCGAAUUUGGACUACGGGAACGCACCUGUUCGAUAUACUACUGACAAUGCGAGUAGUAGCAAGAGCACCGGCCAAUCCAAAUACAAAGUGGCAGCCUGUGAAGAGUCUGUGGAGAACGUGAAGAAACACUAAAAUUUUUGCAGGCGAAAUGCUCUCGAGGAUUCAGAUAGCGUUCCUUAGCCGAUUUUGAAGUAUACACAGUCGAAACCUUCGAGACUUUCAGAAUAAAACAGGCUAACCUGACGCUGUGCUAAAUGACGCAUCUCGGACCCAGCCUGGAGCGUGAGUAAGGCGAAUCCAACCUUUAAAAUACGCUAGUAGGUUGGAAUCAGUAACAAGGCCUUCCCAAUACUGUUACACCAUCUAUCGCUUCAGAGUUGGUAAGUACCGCCGUUUGCUUAUCGUCGGUAUGAGGAGACACACUAUCAGCCUUUGGUCAAUCCCUAUAAAACUUCUGUUUACCUAUGGUGCGUAAAUCUACAGAUAAAAUCACUGAGCCGUCGAUCGCCAACACACUAUCGAAUCUGAACGACUGCUGGACUGCCGGCCUAACGCCAUGGGUAUGUAAAAUUUCCUGACACAGAAAGCAAAAACAACUCGUCUGUUACAGGAGGGAUGUGGAGAAAUUAAGAUUUAAUUACCUGUUGACUUUGUCACUUCCACAAAGAUAUUCAAUAGCGGAGACGGAAAAAAGCUGCGGGAAGUAAUGACGAAAUGCGUAUAGGUCAGAAGGUGGGUGUUGCUAGGCAGGUACACUUCGUAAUAACAAGCAGGGUCUCCUCAAGGGAAAUUAGUAGACCUCAAAAUCUUUUAUUGUGUUAGAUUAGGUUAAACAAUAUGACAUACAGACUCUAAUUCUCUUUAGCCCACCGUUCGAAUUGAUUUGGAAACCACAGUAACUGUUGAACCAAUGGAAGACUAUUUAACGGCCGAGGUACGCAGUCUUUCAUGAAUGCCUACAAGACCAGGUGCAGUAAUCGUUACUUUGCCGACGAUUACGCCCUGUACAAUAGAGCUGAAGAGGACAUGCAACGAAGCAUUCAGUACGGAGAAGAUGGCUGUCGUGAACCAACCGGAAGCAACCACAGACUUCGCCAAACGCUUGUUCACGUGUUCAUGCCUCUUUGGAUUAAUUCUUUUACCAGGAAAGUAACAUUUCACGGAUUAUCAGGACUGCGGAAGUUGCCGUUUUGGCCAUUUAAAGGUAGCCGCGCCCGCUCGCAGAAGCACAUAUCGACUGCCCCGGUUCUGAGGUUGCCUCCAAUGUGCAAGCAGAUUUAGCCUCGAUAGUACCGUCGCGUUAUGAACUUCAAUGAUGAGCGCAUGCGAACUGUCACUUUUAUGAUGACCGUCGGAUAGGUCAGGCAGGCAUAGUAAGUGAAGCAGAAAUUAUUAAAGCCAACCAGACGGGAUGUCAGGAGAAGCGGUGGGUACUUAAGACUGGACUAGCAGGAAUAAACGUCGCAAACACCAACCCCUUCCAACAUGUCCACAUUGUAACCGCGCAUUCAAGGCCCAUCCAAUCGGACUUUAUGGAUUUAUUGUAGUAACGGGGAUGCCCGCCAUAAAUUGAAACCUCUUAAAAAGACUUCACUGGAACGGCAAAAGACAGGCUUGUCUUGACAGUGAAUUCCAACUUCCUUUCUCGACGAACACAAUUAUGCACUGUUAGCAAUAGAGUAGUACGGUUUUUCCGUUGUUCUUCGACGGUAUACUCCUGACUUUAAAGCCCAUACAUCACUCACAGAAUGAAGUAAACGACGAACAUCCGACCCUUUCAGGUGCCAUAUAUUGUUCUGCAAACAUUUCCUGAGACAUGGAGCCUACCCCAAGAUUUCCAUCCGUAUUUGUAAAAACUUAUGGAUUAAAUGAUCCAUUUUACGUGUUGGGUUGGUAAUUGUUCCGUUUUUCCCAAGCUCGCCUAAUGUAAGGCGUAAAGCGCGAUACUAUGCUCGUCUCUCUUGAGUGACUACUGAGAUGAGCACACAUAUGCCAUACGGUUAUGAUUUCACAGGGAAAUGUUUGUUACAUGGUGCUUCUGGCGCCCUGUGACACCUUGACCCAUAAUCGUACAACAACUUAACGUCGCCUGACGCCAAAAUUGCAUGCGUUGGCCGUUAGCCCACUUCUAGGUGCGCGUGGGCCACAAUGCGUGCGCAGAUUUCUACAGCCACGCGCCUCUAGACGGGAUUAUCGCCGUAACGAUUUAUUGAUUUUCUGCUCGCCGGUGUUGGGUGGUAGUGAGGGUCAGAUUAUCACUCAUCCAUCCCAGCACAUCGAUUUUUAAGCAGUCUAAUGGCGUAGAUAUGAAUGAUGUUCAACAGGAUGAACAUUCUUCCUAAGCCACGCGACUGGCGUGGAUCACCUGGCCGGAGAAGUUCAUCCUGGGGCACGGGGGUUAGCCACGCAUAACAGUCGACGUCAUAUUAACGGCAAUCAGCUGAUGUCGUUACCUCCUACAGUCAGCUUCGGCCCGGGGAUGGAAGGCAGGGGAAUGGAGUAAGUAUACGUCUUUCGAUUCCUUCCCGUCAUUCACAUGAUGUAUGCGUUUAUGUGUUUAAGCUGGAACCUCAUUGUCUAAAACCUCUCUCUAGACAAGGUACAUUAAAAACACUUUUUCCUGUCAGGACUGAGGCCUUCAUCUUCCAGAUACUUUAAAGUUGAGCAUCAUUUGAGAUUUUGUUUCAGACUCUACUUUGUAUCGUUCCUCCAUAAUAUCAUGGGUGCUGGGGAAAAUGAGACUUUUGGUUAGUUCACUUCCUUUGCCUCUGCCUCGAUGUGGGUCUAAUGUAUUGGUCUAAGGUGCCAGCAGACGUCGGAGGUCAAAAUUGCUUUCCGAAGGAGGAUACUGUGAUCUUCAGCCAGUUUCUCGACCAGUUAGAGCCGAUUCUGCAAGGUUUCUUUCCGGUGGACGGAACAGAAAAGGCCAGAAACAGCGUUAUGCCAAUCUGCUCGCAUUUCCGGUGCUAGCGUCUCUACAGCUGAAUAGGUUGCCACUUUAAGCAAAAUAGGUAUGAAUAUGAAAGGCCAAGUUAAAUAUCUCAAUCGUCAGCCAAAACAUAGAAUUAAGGGGUUAAGGAAGUGAGGUCAGCAGUGGCGGCCGCAUGAAAGCAGUGCUCUACGGGAAGUUAAAAAUCGAGACAAGAAAAUUAAACUAAAAAAAGGGGUGUGGUGCGAGAAGUUCUGAAUUAAAGGGCCUGAAGGUCUGUCCAAUCAGACGUCGUCAGCCAGUCAGUAACAUAAGCAAAUCCUGUCUUCGUCAACCUGUAUGCUCGAAUAUAGGACUGCCGGAAGGAAGCGCAUCCAAAAGUCGGCAUUCUGUCGUGACUGCGAUAAUUUUAUAUCAUGCUGCAAGAUUACCAGUACCACAAGUCCAUCUAAGUAACCCGUCCUUCAUAAAAACGCACUUCGGACUUCCGGGUAACAUUUCAUGAGCCUUAUCACAUAGGGUUCGUGACCUAUCAGACGCUGAUAUGGAAAACGGGAGAAAUACAUGUUCUAGUAGCGGCAAGCACGAUCUUCAUGCUAAAAACAGGUCAACCAUCUUCCCUGGCCGUCGGCACGUAGGGGCUACUGUCAUUUGUUUCUAGGGAUUUGUAACGUUAGGUGAAAAACUUACCCACUAAAGUACGGUAAAGACACGCAGUCUUAUCAGCUUUUAGGGCGGCCUGUGGUUACGCAGAAAAAAUAAAUCAAAGUCCACACUUCUUGCCUUGUUGACUAUGUUCUACGCGUUUCGAUUUGAUCGACACGUUGCCGCCUCUGCCACAAAGCCGGAAGGUUGGAGUCUACAUAGGCGCUGCCCUGCUUUUGCUCUUCGAAUGGGACACACAAGAUUACUCUCUCGCUCUUGGAAUUUUCCUCUAACCUUGUCCGAAACACUUAGCAUACGUCCUUUAUACUAUGUGAAAACUUUCUUCGGCAAAGACUAGAGCACGGCCAUGGAAACGGAGAAGUUCCAGACAUACCCCGACAACAGUUUGCAAGCCUGGUUUCGACUGCGCCAGAUAAGUAAUGCAUGUAAAUUCAACCCGUCGAAUACCUUGCUCACCUAACGCUGCACUUUGUAUCUGAGACUAAUCCCGGGCGUUGCUCAUGAGCCGCUGAUGUUUCUGUUCAUCUACUGCCAGAUCCCAUCCGGCAAUCUGUGUUGGCACUAACUAAGUCUUGCGUGGUAGAAGCAUACUCCCUAGUGUGCCCUAAAAUUUAACUGCCAUCCGCAAACAUGGGCGAGUUUCUGGAAAUCGCCUCAGGCAGAUCACUGAACACUGACUCUUAGCGAAUGCUUUCAUGAGUUGCCAGCUCAGACAAUUCGGUCUCCUGUGCGCAUGAAAACUCACCAUCCCCUUAAUUGCGUUUUCAACUCAGGUAUUAACGUAAGGUCCUUUUUACAAUCGGUCAACUAUGUCGAAGACCUUGUUUAUAUCUAAAAAGAUUGUCCUGACAUCUUGCGUAACCGCCCAGUCAGCAGUUCAAGACUACUGCUGUGGAGAUGAGGAUGGCGAAAUAAACUUUUCCCUUAAGGAGAUCAUUCCUACCGGAAUUGACAGAUACAUGCUCCCCUAAAAAAAUAACCUAAAAGCUUCCGGUGUAUUUUCCCCUCGAUUUUUCACUCCCUAUCAGUGAGAUUGAUCUGACGGUAAUCUUCAACCGUCUACUGGGACUCUGGUGGAUAGGCAGCUGACUAGGUUUUGCCUCUAGCCAUCUGCAGCGUUAGUUAUUUUAGGGUUAACAUCUCUCAGGCCACAUGUUGGACGGUUAUGGUACGACCACGAACCUUUCAAAGGACUGUGUGCAGAGAGUCUGGUCUAUGCUUACCAUUCGGUAAGUGAUGAAGUAGUCAUCUUAUCACUUUCACCGUAGAUGUCGUUAAUCUUUUGGAUACCAGUUAUGCACUGGCGGUCGUUCUCGUGUCUACAGACGUAACCAAAGUACCUUUUUCAUUUAUUUCUUGUUCCACAUUUUGCUGUAUUUACAAAAAUUUCAUAAUGUCUCAGGCUCUGGAUAAAUCUGCCACAGGUGGCUACUCUUGGCAGUGUGACGUUGAAGUCUACACCUAAUCCAUGAGCAAGUACCCGUAGACUUUUGUGGGUACAUAAAUGCUAGCGGUAACCAAGUUCAUUUUGGUGAGAACCCCGGCAGCACCUACAUCAGAUUCUUGUCCUGAGGCUAAAAAUGAUCGGCGUAGUUGGGAAGGUAUAGUCCCUAGGUCCUCCAUGGGGAAGGGUAAAUAGAUUGGAACGCGCUUGUUAAACAUGAGCGGCCUGUGGAAGGAGUUUUUGUAAUAACGGGUACGGUCGCGUUAUCGUGUCUGCUCGGUGGGGAUCUGCCGCACUAGCUACUGUUUCCUUGCCAACUCGUAUAAACACCCAAUCAAGAUUGAAUGGGAUCUGGCUCGCGCGAACACAUGUGGGAAAGUUAAGGACCCGAUUCACUAAACCUGAUUGCAAAAACGACAAGUAGGUUUGCCUCAGAGGAAUUGUCAUCACCACCUCCGGUUGAAGCUUCUAGGUCGACCAAAAGAGCAUUGAAGUCCCCAUUUAUCUUUCAAAACCCACUAGACCCCUCUUAGAAGCCCGCUAUUCUACUUUUAAAUCCUAAGACAAAUUCAAAUGCUAGUCCUCACACCAAGGUGACUCGGAGCAUGUGCAGCUUGAACUUAGUUUAUUACAUACUGCCAAGGAAUUGAACUGUAUUGUGAUUUGGCGAUCGAAAGUCAUUGCUCUUUUGGCUUUUUACUCACCAUCGAUAUCAGUGUCGACGCAGUCUUUGACGCAACGAACUAGGGCAUUAAAACACUCCUAGGAAACGUGCUUUUUUCAUCCCGGCAAGUUCGAUUUGCACAACUACCAGGACCGAUUACCGCCUUUGAAAUAAUUCGUCGGAGUACAAUGGUCGAUAACUCGAAGGUUCCACAAUCAGUAAGCAGGGACGACAGUUAGAUAGACAAGCUUUACUGAGGCGAGAGAGUGUACACGCAGCUCAACAAGCUGUUUUAGCGGGCGUUCUCACCAGGCAAGUGUCAGUCAUCGAGACGUGUUGCCCCAACUGCGUGCAUGCUCCUGGGCAUCGCCUGCCCGCAGCCAAUCAGCGAAGGAUACAGCGCCGAUUGGCCUUGAAGUCUCGCCGCACUGCUGUCAAGUUUAGCGCGGCUCAAGCAAACGAUUGGCAGGGAGAGCAGAAUGGGAUGAGAAGCGGCGUGAGUAAACGGCCCCGCUGGUGACCACGGGGACGGACAGCCGCGAGUUUCCUACGCAGCACUUUUUUAAAAAUAUAAAAGUCACGAGGCACGAGAUAAGAUGAAUAGACUCGUACUCGAAUUAGCCUAUUUCAAAAUCAGUCAGGGAAUUUUUUCCCGAGUUCCGUCCUGUAUGUAGGUGCGACAUCAUGGAUCAGGAACCCGUCAAGCAGUCCUGUUUAUGAACGUCCCACAGCACAGUCAGACAGAGCUUUCGGCAGGGGCAAUUCACUUUGUCAAACGGACGUCAUGGCCUGAUUCUCUUCCGGGCGCCCACCAAGAUAUCUUGUUUUAGAGAACAAAAAACUGCUACCAUAACUUCUCCAGUCAGUUUUGACGCUCGAGUCUCUUCGGUGGAAGACCUGCAACCUCUAACCAUCCCGUGCCCUGGGAUUUUAAUAGGGGACUGUACACGUAUAAUUGCAACUUAUCAUCAAUGGUGAGUUGGAGAACGUAACGUCAUUGCCCUCAUAUAAGUUCCAGAAGAAUUUUCGGGCAAAAUCAACGCUGCGUCGUCUAUCACGUUCGGACAGGUCACGCGGGGAACGCAUCGACCAUCCUCCUUACCCAAACCAAGGGGACUGUGUUUGAUUCUUGAAGAUCUGGGCACUAAAGCCGAGUGGCGGUCGGUAGUUUUCAGGUCAUUUGUCUCUGCCGUCUCGACGGCGGUAACGUUUGGCUCAUCAGUCUUGAGACACAUACCUCUGGCGCGACGUCCAAAUGUCCGAUUCUAAAGUCCAAAAACCAGUGCACCGCAGUCCUCCGACCCGGAGCUUGAUGGUCGAUAAUGUUCUUCAACUUUUCGGGGCCUCUGGAAAUAGUCCCGUUUGGUCAAACGAAGGUCGGACACGGGAAUGCGGACUCCCCCUCCCCAUAUUACAGAUUGAUCUCGCCAAACUCCAGCGGGUAUCUAUUUCCGUGUCUCAACCUUAGUCCUAACUUUAACUUCCAUAACCAUGGCUCUGCCACCAACUUCCAUAACCCUAACUCUACUUGCCCCAGCCCUAACACUAAUCUUGAUUCGGAUCCUGACACCUGGAAUUUGGGGCGUGACCCCCGCACGACGGUGGUCCAUAUUCCCGUGCCGUACCCAAACAACUCAACAACAGGUCAACCACCUCGAAGAUCGCACGCUAACUCGACUCGCUGACAAGGGGAAUUUUUUUUCUAGUCCCCAUUUGAAAGAAAGCAGACAAGUCUUAAAACUCCAACUGAAAUAUCAGCUGCAGAACAAACACGUCGAAGUUCGUGCAGAAUAUUAAAAAAGUCGCGGAACUUCCAUAGCACCUUACAUAUUGCCGAAAUUAUUUGAUUUUAACUUUAUUUCUCUGAGAAUUCAACUGUCAACUUCUUUGCAAUAGUCUAAAAACACAAAGAGUAAGUUCAUUGCACUUACCUUUGCCACAACAGUCUCCUACCGCCACUGUACACUGUAACUGCCAGAAUUUAAUCACUUUCACACCGUUAAAAAGUAAUUUAAUAAUUUGUGAAAAUCCUCUUUACCCCAUAUGUUGAUGGUACCUCUCUACUUUACUGAAAUAUAGUUGGUGUAGCAUAUUCCUCGAUGUGAGUCCCAGGGAGGGCUACUUCUGCCCCUACUGGCAUCGUAAUUUGGUCAGAGCAGUUCGACAUUACUUGUUAGUCACAAAACCAUAAAGGUGUGGAUAUUACCCCCCACUUCGGUAUGUGCCCAAUGAUUAGUCAAAACUGUGACUGUCUACAAAAGACCAGGUUUGAGUCCCACGGACAGUGAAAAUGUCUUAUUGCCCCUUGAGAAAACCAAAAAUCUUCGGCGCUCUAAGAACCCUGCAUUCUGCGGUCUACACGGAAUUUUGUUGUCAGACCAAACACUGUUUCCGCAGGCUGUAUUGGCGUUUAGUAAGUCCAGCCAUCUCGGACAGACCAUGGUCCAUCGGACGUCGGGAAAUUUGACAAAGCUUUGCUUACCCGAACAGUGGUUACGAUGACUUUGCUGUAGUACUCAGAUUCAAAGGCGUAUGUCAUCAUCUGCUCCCCUCCCUGUACACUAAAUCGGGGUUCAACGAUAUUUCCGUAGGGCCGUGGAACAUUAUUUGAUCGUGGUCGGCUUUCCCCAAAUCGUAAUAUCACAACAUUUAUUGACCUCUCGUGGCCAAUCGAUCUGUCAGAUUGGUGUCCGGUCACGUCUGAUAUGUGACCGCAUAAUCGUCACACCCAAUGACUUGCUUCCUUAGAAGAUAGCGUUUUUUUGAACACCCUACUCUGCUAUUUUAGGCACGUCGGGUAAUCCCCAGCCAGGUUAACAAACAGAUCCCGCGCUUGUUUCUUUUUAAUUUCCUCAGAAAAAUCCGUUUGAACUAAGGUCUGUAGGCGCAGAACGAAAUUUGCUACGAAUACUUGAGCCGAGCUCUAUCAGCCGAGACCCUGUCUUCUCGGUCUGCAAGAAAUUUAGCCACAGAUUCACAAGUUUCAAAAUUUGGCCCCACAUAGUUAAGGGAAGCCUCUCACUAUAAGGGGUCCGUAAGGUUUCUUUAUGUAGUUGAGUCGAUCUAGUUUCACUAAGCAGGAGUGUUUUGUGUCCCUGGUCUUUUGAGGAAUAUCAUGUUUGACAGGCAUUGCCAGUAACAACUUCCCUAGCUGCUUCGACAAAAAUUGGUUUUGACUACUUUGCGUUAGACAUAUGCAGUUAUAUAGCAUCUGCUUGAAGCAACGGCCAAAGUAUUCUAAAUCCAAUCCUGCUGCGAAUCGGCAAAUGGUAAAAAAGGCUCACUAUUUAUUUGCUCUCUAAGUUGAUCUGGGGAGGAUUCCCCAUAACUGAAUAAAAAGAAAACCAACUGUGGCUUCCUGGUGUUUUGACGCACAACAUCAAAUAUGAUACUGUCCGUAAGCUCGUUUACCGGAUCCAGAUAGGAAUAGGAAUACACCCACUUCCUAAGUUUUGCCCUAAUUCGGGAUGUGUUACGUCUCUUUAGGCGUUGGAAAAUACGCACCCCCCAAACACUUUCUUUACAUGAUGUUCAAGCCUCGAGCUCCCGGAACGCGAGUUUAGUCUACUGAGAUAAGGGAGGCGUACGAAAUUAAGCGACCAAUCACAGAGCUGUUUGCAUCGCGUCUUUUUUGUAUUGAUCCUGAAGGAGGCCAAACAAAUCGAUAUAGCCUGUCCUCGUGCCCAGCCGGUUCAAUUUUAUCAGGCGAAAAUCCAGCCAGUAGAUUUAUCGAUCGAUUCACGUGCGAAUUCUCACGUUUCCAUUAACGCUCGCAAGACAUGGCCCAUUGUUCAUCGUUUUCGUAGUUGCUGAUGACGCGAGACCAAAAUGCACAGAUUAGAAACCAUUAAUGCGGGGCACGAGAUGCCUUUGUCUUUAAAGGAAAAAUCCUCAUUUGUAAACAUUCUUCUAAGUCAAGAACGUUCAAACUGACUUUUACGGCCUUUGAUAAAUGAAGAGGUAACAGUUUUCGAAGAAUAAAAGGGAAUCUCCGUAGUAAACAGAGUACAGUUAAGUGGGAGUUAGUAAAUUUUAAAAAUCACACAGGGCAACCUUUAGGUUGACUUCUUACAUAGUGGAGUUAACGGUCUCUGGUAGCCAGUGAAAGGCUUCAUAAGUAUUAACCAGUUUGUCUGGAGGGACGUCGAGAGUUAAACAAUAGGCAAUAGCAAAAAGGCAAUACUCCCACCUCAUUCAACAUUACUGAUUAUCUGAUACAACAGGAGAAUCAUAACUUACUGCUUAAUUUUACACUUAAUUGAGACUUGAUGGAAGUUCUAGUUUUACAGCGACUUUUUGGAUUCCUUUUGACUCUCUAGCACAGCUUGUUGAUUUUGAGUUUCAGUAAUAUAGGCAGACGUGAAUUUCUAACUUCAGUUCUUACUUCAGGAACGAUACCGCUUGCGUCCUCAGACCCAAAUCCGAAGAGGGCCCGCCGCACAAAGUCUACCCGCACUCCUCCUCAUUGAUUUCCUAUCACAGUUAUACCGGCGGUAGUGCCUCCUUCUUCGACUCCGCCUUUGAGGACUCUGGCGGACGAAGUGCCGUCGACAGUGAAACAGAGGCUGCCACUAGCAAACUUCUUGCUGACUCAGCCGAGGCGGGAUUCUUCAGUGAUUACUCACAGCAGAACAUUGCCCCUGCGGUGGCGGCCGCUGACCACGUCGACCUGCAACCCAAACCGGUGACUCCCAGACUGAGACUACCAAAUCCCUCCUUGUUGAACAGGGCUGUCAGGCAACCGUCCGCACAACUGCCUCUGAACGAGUUACAGGUGACGGGAGCAGCCUACUACCCCAGUUUCACCGAAAUGGGUGCCGGCAGCAGCGGUAGUGGUGUUGGUGCACCUCAAGCCUUCCUACCAUCAGGGGGCUACCCCAGUGCCUCCUUCCAACAGCAGCCCCUCGGAGGAGGAGGUACCAGUGGGUUCAGCCUGCCUGUCGCCUCGUCAAGUUUCGUGGUGGCUGCACCCCCCUCCACCGCUGAAUCACUAAUGCUGAUGCAUCCAAUGUCUGCUUUUUCGGAAGCCUCGACCGCUCUGCGUCUCAGAGAGGGCAGCCCGCAGACCUCGAAACUUCUGCCUAUUGACAGCUGCUUGGCAUUGACGUCGACCCCCAUCCAGCCGUCAAGGUCAUCAAAGCUGCGCAGGUCGGCCAAGCCGCUGAACCCCCUUGCCGUGCAGAUAAUGGAGGGGUGGUACACAGCACACCAAGACUACCCUUAUCCCAGUCAGAACGACAAACAGCUGUUGGCGAGGGCUGGCGAGAUUUCCACUCAGCAAGUGCGCUUCACCUUCUCCUCACUUAUGUUCCUUUCAUCUUGUAAUGUGCCCUUGGUGAGAAUUCCGACUGGGUCGCAUUGGAGUGAUUCGGGGGGAGGGCGUUUUGACCCGUUAGUCGGAUGCUGGCCGUUGAGUUGUUCUUCUGGCUUCUUCAUGAACGCCAUUUAGGACGUCGUUGUUGGCAGCUUUUACGAGCCCCAAAGUCGAUCCUACCCUUUUUUCCAGUAGGCAUCAUUUGUUUCAGGGGAAUUAUGCAUAUUUUUUAAGCAACCGCUAGUAAACUGAAGCCGUAAGUAGAUAGUAAAGAUGACGUGAUUCACCCUCACUGACCAACUGACGAUUCGACCGUCGAUUCCGACUAUGUCCACUGUGUGCCCCACAGCAGGAUGGGGGCAGGGACGGUGACUAGCACGUGAAUUAGUUUAAAAUGGUAACAGCAGCAUUUAUCGCACUCUCUUGCCUCAUCCUCUGAGCCAGGCGUCAUGACGAAAUCAACAGGACGGAGGAAUCGGGCGCAGGUGGCUGACGCGGCGUGAGACAGCACAUGGGCGUGCCACCACACCCCAUGUGUAGCAUUUGUUAUGGGUGCGCAUCCCCAAUAACGCCCGGUGUACCCUGGUCUGACCCCCGCGUUGGUACACCACAGCUGUCGUGUGGCCUGUUUUAGGAGCAGAAGCACUAGACGAGUUACGGUGGGUUAACUUCAUCGUUCUACGCACCAGUUGCUUUCGCUCCCGCCCCACUCAAUGGAUUCUCAUGUUGACCAGAGGGUGUGUCCUACGUUUUUGUAGGUUGAAAAAGUGAAUAAUUUAAAAAAACUUUACCUCCACCUAGCAUUUAUAAAGUGAGAGAAUGGCAGAACCUAGAGUUUCGCAGGUAACCUUCGAAGUGUGUUUUGCAGGGAAUAUUUUCUCUUUUCGCCGUCUGUGUGCAAACUGCACUUUUUCAUAGAGCAAGGUUUAUUCCAACGCUGAGUAUGAAAAGCAGACAGUCUCUCUGUUUCGUUAAGUAACAGGCUCACACUUAAGUCUCCUAGGCAGGCAAAAUAAGAAAAAUUAAUAAACGCAUAAAAUUUUGCCAAGUAAAGACGGGCCGUGUCUACGUUCUAACUGUGCGGUGGAUUCCCCGGUCUCCGUUAGUGAACGGCCCGAAAAAACCAUCUCAGUGUUCGCGUCUUGCUCCUCGACUAUGAUGCUGCAGAAUCAUACUUUCCCUGUGAUCGGUUGAAUGCACAGUCAGAUGGGACUAACUGUUCCAUGACAUCUAAAAAAACAAUCUGUAACUUGCCCUUUGAUAUUUUAUUUGUUGAAACAACCCAGGAUGUUUCGCCUAGUGCUAAGUAUGAAUAGUAAUACAGGCAAAUUUUGGUUUCUUCACUGAAUAUUCAGUGAACUCGGGAGGAUGCCGUCGGGACAGAACGUGUUAGGCCCCAGUCCAUUUGUUUUAAGUAAAAAAGUGGAAUUGACAAUUAAAAUUACUUUGUGCAAUCGCCCUAAAAUACCCAGACCAUAAUCGUAGAUAUUGACCUCAGGACAGAGCUCGGACCUCAGCCCUACUACUUCCUUACAAAGAAGGUGUCGUUCCAACCGUGAGCUUCAUUCAUCAUUUUAGCGAACGUUUAACUCUAGUCGCCAUCUUUAACUUAUUUCCAAACUUACUUUAGCAAAUCUAAGAAGACUUAUUCCACUCAAAGUGAAUAGGCCGACUGAUAUUCACCAUCCCUUGACUCUAACCGUGUUUGAACCAGAAUGUGACGCAGCAAUAACAUUAGUCUUAAAUUUCGAUCUUAACAGCGAGCGGAAUAACAGAACUCAAAACACGCUUUAGGGAGUUGGACGAGGGGAUUCUAGCCAAACUUGAUCCUGUCAGAGUCCGUACACAACUAUGUAGCCUACAUAACAGCAAAUCUACUGGUAUUGUGUAUGUUACGGACAUUUGUUUUAUCAUAAUUUAGCACCGGCAUUCACUAAAAACCCAAAGCUGGCUUUUGCUAAUGCAUGACUCAACUGCGGGGGGAUUAUGAUCAUCAGUCGGUUCGCAGCCUUUCCUGUAAGGCAUUAUUCGCAGAAAAACAUGUGAAACUACUAUUUCGCAUGCAAUCAGAAUUGGCUUUAAGCAAGUCCGUGAUGAAAAUCUUCUAAUAAUCGUGCGCAAGAAAAUGGCUACUGUCAGAUACUCUUUCUCGACACAUAUCUCGACAAUCCUGGCAUGUGGAUCAUAAGGCAUGCCAUUCGUAAUACCCAGUCAGGGGUGAUCGUAAACUGACCAUAGAUACGCUAUGCUGCCGCAGUGGUCAGUGGUCUUGAUUUCAACAUUUAACGAACUACAUUGAUCCCUCCUCGAUCUGGGAUGCGGCGUUCCAGAACCCUCCUCCCGUGAAAAGUGAAAAUAAACGAAUAAAAACCAUUCGCCUCCGUGGUCACUUUUUUGUAUUUUAAGUCUCUACUAACCCACCCACAUCCAUAUAAACAUUUCUCACACAGUUAUACAGCAUAAGCCCUUUAUAAUCUCCUAGAAAUUAGGUAAGAUUCGCUGAAAUUAUGUGUGUAAACACACUGUCUAUAUAGGACUCACAAGUAUACGUAUGGUAUAUCAUUGAGGAUUUGUCCCCUAAAACGGGCCGCAUAAUAGAUGAACUGGACUACCACGGGUGCUACAUCGGAUUCUGGCCGCCGUUAUGGGAAUGCACACACAUAGCAAAUUCCAACAUUCGGGGUGUAUUGGCAAACCCAGUUGCAGGCUCAUGCCGUACCAGUGGGGAUCUCUACCGCCCUCCCUCCCCCAUUUUUGCUAUUGUUGAACAUCUUGGUCGAGUGUUCUUGUGAUUCAGGGGCUGCGGCGGUACGCCUGCUGGCGGCUCCGGUCGUGCUAGCCACUUGCGUCUUCCCUCCACCUCCGGUCUUCUUGACUGUGUCUUGACAUCGGACCCAGGUGGGGAGUGGAAAAGAGUGCAGUAGAUGCUGCGAAGGUCUACGUUCACUACACAGUAAUUCACGGGGAAUUCGCCGUCCCUGCUCUCACCCUGCUGUGGAGCACACGGAAGGGGGGGGGGCAUCGUCGAAAUCGACGGCCUGACUGUCAUGUCAUCAAGUUGUUUUACUUGAUAAGUGAAAAACAGUCUUGGGACCUUGUAAUAAUACAUGUUCUAACAAAAAUAGUUUUAUAUUUACCGUAAUAUACAAAGUGACCUCAUUUUACUUACUUACUCAGUUAUACUAGAUGUGUUGUGAUUAUUCUGUUGAUAUGAGUAUCAUAGUUCUAAAAUAAGAACACUGCAAUCACGCAUUAUUUGCAUUCUGGUAAGGUUUACAUUUUCAGCUGAUUUCGGCUGACGACAUGGCCAAUUGUUGCCAGUUGUUGUUGACAUUAGAGGGAAUAGGUCGUUUUGGAGGCAUAAUGAUGGGCUUCACUAUGCACAAAAUGCCGCUCUCCUUCGCUGAGCCAAUCAGCGCCCAGGAUACUUAACCGUGUGCUCUGAUUGAGUAGGUUCUUAGACAUCCGCUGAUGGCAUCCCGUCUAUGAAAUCAACUGGGCAAACCAACUGAGGAGGACGCACCGGAAAUAGAAUGGCCAUCGUCCGCCGAAGUCUGCGAUGUGUACUUAGGUACGCUUGCAUAUAAAAUCCGCGAUAGAGUGAGGCCGCAAAAGUUAAAACGCAAUAUAGCGAGGGAUUAAUGUAAUUCUGAUAGGGGGUCGAUAGGACCUGUCGGGUUUGCCCCUGUCAAGGCCAACACAAUAAAACAAAUCGAGGGGAAGAUUUACCUACGUAGCCUCGAGUACUAAUUGGCUUUUCUCUCCACUAGACCGAGCUCGCUUGGGCAUUUCACCGUUUUCGUCCCACGUAUUUAUUGGUUCAGUUAUGAACCAGAUAUUCUUGUCUGCAUUCAGACUUCUCUAUUAUAAUUCAUUUUAAACUUUUGUCAAAUUAACUGAAAGAAGUGCGGAAAUGUUAAUACUUUCGGACAUUCAUGCGAAUUCUCAUUUAAAAUCAUAAUAAGAAACAAUCGGCAUGAGCAUUUGCCUUAAAUGAUAUUGAUUUUCCACGUCAGUGACUGCUUUCAAUUCUAUGCCGUCUUUUGGUCUUUUUAAGCCUCUUAUCUAGCAAGUCAGAAAAAAAGAAAACUGAGACCAUUUUUCCCAAUACACUCACCUGCUAUCCUUAAAGCACUAAUAUAGUUCAUGUUAGCAGUGUCCGUGUACAUAGGAGCCUUAAUGAGCUAAACGAUUAUUGAAACCUCUAUCAACGUUGUGAUUUCAGUCUACCUGACAAGAUCAUUUGAACAACAUUAGCGUUGUCGGAUUUUUUUCGAAAAGCUGCUGUACACAGUUUCCAUAACGUAAAGCAAUAAUUCGAAUUUGCAUUCAAAGAUUGACGAUUUUAAACUAUCACGUCUUUGCUAGGGUGUUCCAGAUAGCUCUAUAGGUCAAGCGAGGGUCAGCAUAUCAUUUCCUUAAUUAUUAAAUUCAUCUAGAAUAGCGAUUACUUUUACCUUGAGUGCACGCAGGGGCUAUAGUUAACAGUUAGACGCCCACACAGUGCCUAACAGAGUGGGCGCAAGACCGGUGAAUCGCGAAUUAGUUUGCAGUGAGGUAGACUUUCGAAGCAUCUGUCGCACUCACCCUCUGAUCUCUUACCUUGUGCCGAUGACAGAACAGUGUCAGGACGACUGGAAGGGGCGCUGACGGAGUGGUUGAUGAAAGUGAUCAGCUCAUCUGCGUGUGUCAUUGUUAAAACAUACUGUGGGUGGGCUGACUCAUGAAAUGUCAACCGAAAUUGCAAAAUGCGUUUUCGUUUCGAAAAGAUUAAUUAAGUAGGGCUGUAAAACUAAUGAUUGUGCAGCAUAAUUCAUUGAUUAUUCAGUUACCUCGGGAUUCCGGCCGUCGAACGAACGUCUUUCCGGUUGCAUGCAAAAAAACCGUGCUUUGUAAAAAUGGCUACUUAAGUAGCAUGCAUUUUCUCCUUGAUUUUCGAUGCCCUUAAAAAUUCAAUUAUAUUUCAUAGAAAACAUGCAUAAAAAUAUUCAUUCUCUCGCUCGUUGGCCAGAUAAUUACGUCUUCUUCUAAGUCUAUACUCAAAGGAGGGACAAAAAUCGAUUUUUAAAAAAAGUUUCUAAUUAUGGGACUUUUAAAUACUGUGAAAUGGCCGUUCAUAAAUUGUCAUGUCUCUGCAUUUACCAAUGAGGUUUGUAAAGUUAACAGUGCAGAUCAAAUCCACUGCUAAAUUUUAUGAACCCUAUAUGGUCCCCCUUUAUUAUCGUAUAGAAAUGUGUGGUUUUCCGUACUCGGAAAAUAUACGGCUUGUAGUUUGGAAACCCUGAAUCAAAGUGUAACGGUAGAGCGUGUUCAGAAUUAUUCGGUAAUUGGAAAAAUUUUUAAAAAGCGAAUUAUAUCCUUCCGUCGAGUAUAAGCUUUGAAGAAGACGUAAUUUUCUACUGAAUGAGCAAAAGAAUGAAUAUUUUUAUGCAUGUUUUCCAUGAAAUAUAACUUGACUUUUAGGGGCAUCGAAAAUCAAUGAGAAAAAAUCAUGCUAAUUAAGUUGUCAUUUUUACAGAGUGUAGUUUUUGCUUUCAGCCGGAAGGAAGUUCAUCCGAAAGCCGGCAUCCUGAGUAACUGAAAUAUUAUAGAAUUAUGUUGUAGGCUGACUAGUUUUACAAUCCUACUUAAUCAAUCUUUUCGAAACGAAAACGCAUUUCGGAAUUUCGGUUGACAUUUCAUGAGUUAACCCACCUACUGUACAUAGAUGACGUUAUGCUGGCAUCCUUAACACCCUCCCUCUGAUCGUUGAGAUUCCGCUGCUGGUUUCCACCAUUUCACUUUUUUGUAAUUGCUUCCCGCCUUCACACUGCUUGUUUUAACUAAAAAAGUUUCUAGUUCUUAAUCAGAAAGUACUUCGGCUUGUUUUUGACCCCUCGCUGAAGGCACCACAAAGCGCUCAACUUGUAUUUGUAUUUGGAGGGUUAGAGGCAGAGCCCUGGGUGACCCUAUUUACGUGCAGUAAUUUCGCAUAUUCGCACUCAAAAUAAAGUUACGAACAUUUAGAAUGUGUUCGUGUCACAACAGAACUGUAAUACUAAGAGAGCCCAGCUAUUCAGUGUGAGUCCGUGCUGAAAAAUUGUGUAGGACAAAGUGUUUUACAGAGCUGGCCGUGAGUAGUCAUGUUGUAAAAGUCUAUUUUUGUCGAAGAUUAAGCGAGCAAGUUUUUAUAGCAAACGAAUUGUGACAGUCGUCACCAUCUCACUUGGUCGCGAGUUCCAUGGUCGGACAACCCGUUGGCUGAAUGAGAACUUCCUACGGUCUAGUUGCAUGCGUUCGCUCUUGACUUGUAAAGAUGACCGCGUAAUUGGUUUGUACUGGCAAACUCAAAAAGUCCUCCGUUCUUAAUGAACAACCUUUGGUCGCAGACGAGCCGGAAUGUCCAGAGGAAAUAAACCAAGCACAUUCAGCCUCUCCUGGUACGAUAAAUGCUUUAGACCAUCGACCAUCUUUUUUGUUCUGCCUUGCACGUAUUCGAGUAGGCCAAUAUCCUUCUGCAGCCACGGGGAAGCUGCUGGCAUUCCAUAUUCCAGGUGGGGUUUUACAAAGACACUGAAAAGUCUUCGAAAGAGUUCGGGAGGAAAUAUUUUAAAUGCCCGCCCCAUCCUGGGAGUGCAUUAUUUUUUUCCUCUGCUGUGUUAUUCCCUGCUAGGUUUCGUCGUGGUUUGCCAAUCGCCGCAGCCGCAGACAAAAUACCCGGCCAAAACAAAAAAUUCGCAAAGUCCGCGAAAGCAUCCGGGCCGCCUGCAUGGAUAUUGAGCAGGCCUCAAACGGUCUCGUGAAAGCUGAGGAGAUUACCAUUCGCCUUCUCGCCCUUAUUGAUGAUUUCUAUCAGUCUAACUAA